AUGGAUUCUGGAACUUUCUUUGAGGGAGAUUACAUAUGGAUCGAGCCGGUAUCGAAUCGAGAGUUCGACGUGGCCAUUGGAGCGAGGGUUUUGGCAGCAGAAGGUCGCCGAAUCAGAGUCAGAGAUGACGACGGCCAGGAACAAUGGCUUCCACCAGAGCGACGGAUCAAAGCCAUGCACGCCACCUCCGUGCAUGGCGUGGAAGACAUGAUCUCCCUGGGGGACCUGCAUGAAGCUGGGAUCUUGAGGAAUUUGCUUAUACGAUAUAACGAUAAUCUUAUUUAUACAUACACCGGGUCAAUAUUAGUAGCAGUGAACCCCUAUCAGAUUCUUCCAAUAUACACCGCGGAUCAGAUCAAGCUGUAUAAAGAGCGAAAGAUAGGGGAAUUGCCGCCGCACAUCUUCGCUAUAGGGGAUAAUGCGUACGCGCACAUGCGUCGUUAUAGCCAGGAUCAAUGUAUAGUCAUUAGUGGAGAGUCUGGUGCGGGAAAAACUGAAUCUACCAAAUUAAUAUUGCAGUAUCUAGCUGCUAUCAGUGGGAAGCAUUCGUGGAUUGAACAACAGAUUUUAGAAGCAAAUCCCAUUCUUGAAGCAUUUGGAAACGCAAAGACAGUUAGAAAUGAUAAUUCAUCUCGCUUCGGUAAAUAUAUCGACAUACAUUUCAACAGCAAUGGGGUUAUUGAAGGUGCCAAGAUAGAACAGUAUUUAUUAGAAAAAUCAAGAAUAGUGUUCCAAGGCCCCGAAGAGAGAAAUUACCACGUUUUCUACUGUCUUCUAGCGGGGUUAUCGAAAGAAGAGAAGAAGAAGUUGGAAUUGGGUGACGCUUCGGAGUAUAGAUAUCUGUCUGCUGGAGGAAAUUUCAGUUGUGAGGGAAGGGAUGAUGCAGCUGAAUUUGGAGAUAUUAGAUCUGCUAUGAAAGUAUUACUGUUUACCGAAUCAGAAAUAUGGGAAAUAUUAAAACUAUUAGCUGCUGUUUUACAUUGCGGUAAUAUUAAAUAUGAAGCCACUGUUGUAGACAACUUGGAUGCGACGGAAAUAAUAGAACAAUUAAAUGUAAAACGCGUAGCAAACUUAUUGGGUGUUCCAGUAUCUUCCCUCAUCAAAGCGUUAACAAGGAAAACUUUAUUUGCUCACGGUGAAACUGUUGUAUCAACUCUCAGCAGGGAACAGUCCGUAGAUAUAAGAGAUGCAUUCGUCAAAGGAAUUUACGGUCGCUUAUUUGUAACGAUAGUAAAGAAAAUCAACGCAGCUAUAUACAAACCCAAAGCAACAACGCGUACUGCAAUAGGCGUACUUGACAUAUUUGGUUUUGAAAACUUCGACCAUAACAGCUUCGAGCAGUUCUGUAUAAACUUCGCGAAUGAGAAUCUUCAGCAGUUCUUCGUAAGGCAUAUCUUUAAAUUGGAACAGGAAGAGUACAAUCACGAAGGGAUCAAUUGGCAUCACAUAGAGUUCGUGGAUAAUCAGGAUGCGUUGGACUUGAUUGCUUUGAAGCAACUGAACAUUAUGGCUUUGAUCGACGAGGAGUCCAAGUUUCCCAAAGGCACAGAUCAAACGAUGUUGGCGAAGUUGCACAAGACACACGGCCUUCACCGGAACUACCUUAAACCAAAAUCUGACAUUAACACUAGUUUUGGACUCAACCAUUUCGCUGGUGUGGUCUUCUAUGACACGCGAGGAUUUCUAGAGAAAAACAGAGAUACGUUUAGCGCAGACCUUCUACAACUAAUCCAUAUUUCUACGAACAAAUUUCUUCAACAAAUUUUUGAGAACGAUAUCGUGAUGGGUUCAGAAACGAGAAAACGCACACCGACUCUGUCCACCCAAUUUAAGAAGUCACUAGAUCUAUUGAUGAGAACUUUGGGGACGUGCCAGCCUUUUUUUAUCCGAUGUAUAAAGCCAAAUGAGUUCAAAAAACCCAUGCUGUUUGACCGUGGCUUGUGUUGUCGGCAGCUACGUUAUUCAGGCAUGAUGGAAACUAUCAGGAUCCGAAGAGCCGGCUACCCAAUUCGGCACAGUUUCAAGGAGUUCGUGGAACGAUACAGGUUCCUUAUUUCAGGAGUACCACCGGCACAUAAAACUGACUGCAGGGCUGCCACCUCCAAAAUUUGUGCAACUGUUUUGGGAAAAUCAGACUAUCAGCUAGGUCAUACCAAAGUUUUUCUGAAGGAUGCUCACGAUUUAUUCCUUGAACAGGAGCGAGAUAGAGUGCUCACAAGGAAGAUACUAAUAUUGCAAAGGUCCAUUCGUGGUUGGGUAUAUAGGAGGCGGUUCCUGAAGAUGAGGGCAGCGGCCAUUUUGAUUCAGCGUCAUUGGCGUGGCAAGUUACAGAGAAUUCGGUAUAAUAAGAUGAAAGUGGGGUACGCGAGGCUUCAGGCUUUGAUUCGGGCAAGAGUAUUGGCCCAUCGAUUCAGACACUUGCGAGGGCAUAUCGUAUCAUUACAGGCUGCGGCGCGCGGCUACCUAGUCCGUCGAUCGUACGGACACAAAAUGUGGGCCAUAGUCAAAAUACAAAGCCAUGUCCGGCGUUUGAUCGCUAUGCGCCGUUUCCGGCGGUUGAAGCAAGAAACUAUAGCUCAUAAUGAAGCCCUGCGCUUGCGCAGACAGGAAGAGCAAAGGCUUCAGCACCAGGGCAACACGCGGGCUAAGGAGAUCGCCGAGCAGAACUAUAGGGAGCGUAUGUAUGAACUGGAACGGCGUGACGCGGAACUAGCACUUGAAGAAAAACGCCAAUUAGAAGCCAAAAGGACGCUACUGCAAGAGGCAGCUCGUAAACAAGACGAGCCAGUCGAUGACAGUAAACUGGUGGAAGCUAUGUUUGACUUCCUUCCAGAUUCUAGCAGUGAAGCACCGGCGCCCAAAGAUACUUGUGCAUUUAGCGAUUUGCCCCAACAAAGGGCUGAUCAACAAGAGAUGGUGACCCCAAUGCAAACAACGUCAGAAGAUGAGGAAGAUUUAUCCGAGUUCAAGUUCCAAAAGUUCGCAGCCACUUACUUCCAGGGCAACGUCACUCACCAGUACUCGCGAAAGCCAUUAAAACAUCCAUUGUUACCACUACACACACAGGGCGAUCAAUUGGCCGCUCAAGCGUUAUGGAUAACAAUAUUGCGAUUUACUGGAGAUCUACCGGAACCGAGAUAUCACACAAUGGACAGAGACAACACUUCGGUAAUGUCAAAGGUUACGGCGACUCUUGGAAGGAAUUUCAUUAGAUCCAAGGAGUUUCAAGAGGCACAAAUGAUGGGCGUAGAUCCCGAUGCCUAUUUGAACAAACAGAAGCCAAGGUCGAUUAGACACAAACUUGUGUCGUUGACAUUGAAAAGGAAGAACAAGCUUGGGGAGGAUGUAAGAAGGAAACUACAGGAUGAAGAAUAUACAGCGGAUAGCUAUCAAUCGUGGUUGGAAUCGCGUCCAACUUCAAAUUUGGAAAAACUUCACUUCAUUAUUGGACAUGGGAUACUGCGUGCAGAACUUAGAGAUGAGAUUUACUGUCAGAUUUGUAAACAGCUGACUAACAACCCGUCAAAGUCCUCACACGCACGUGGCUGGAUUUUAUUGUCGUUGUGUGUCGGUUGUUUCGCUCCGAGUGAGAGAUUUGUUAAUUAUCUUAGAGCGUUUAUUAGAGAGGGACCACCUGGCUAUGCACCAUAUUGCGAGGACCGCUUGAAGAGAACCUUCAACAAUGGAACCAGAAAUCAACCACCUUCCUGGUUGGAGCUGCAGGCUACAAAGUCUAAAAAACCUAUAAUGUUGCCUAUCACUUUCAUGGACGGUAAUACGAAAACACUAUUAGCGGAUUCAGCUACCACUGCAAGAGAAUUAUGCAACCAAUUAUCAGACAAGAUUGGUUUGCGUGAUCAGUUUGGUUUUUCCUUAUACAUUGCGUUGUUUGAUAAAGUAAGUUCACUUGGCAGUGGUGGGGAUCACGUAAUGGAUGCUAUUUCGCAAUGUGAACAAUAUGCAAAAGAACAAGGAGCGCAAGAAAGAAACGCUCCUUGGAGGCUGUUCUUUAGAAAAGAAAUAUUUGCACCUUGGCAUGACCCUACCGAGGACCAAGUAGCGACCAACCUUAUUUAUCAGCAGGUUGUACGGGGUGUCAAAUUCGGCGAGUAUAGGUGUGAUAAGGAGGAAGAUUUAGCGAUGAUUGCCGCUCAGCAAUAUUACAUUGAAUACGCUCAAGACAUGAACAAUGAGCGUUUAUAUACUCUAUUGCCAAAUUAUAUACCAGAUUAUUGCUUGACAGGCGUUGAAAAAGCUGUCGAUCGAUGGGGCGCUCUCGUGGUGCAAGCGUACAAAAAGAGUUAUUAUGUUAAAGAAAAAGUUCCUGCAUAUAGAGUUAAAGAAGACGUUGUGAGUUAUGCUAAGUUCAAAUGGCCCCUAUUGUUCUCCAGAUUUUAUGAGGCGUAUAGAAAUUCCGGUCCCAAUUUACCCAAAAACGAUGUCAUUAUCGCCGUGAACUGGACUGGGGUGUAUGUCGUCGAUGAUCAAGAGCAAGUGCUACUCGAGUUGUCGUUCCCUGAAAUUACAACAGUUUCCAGUCAAAAAACUAACAAAGUGUUCACGCAAACUUUCAGUUUAGCCACAGUGCGCGGCGAAGAGUUUACUUUCCAAAGCCCUAAUGCCGAAGACAUUAGAGAUCUAGUCGUUUACUUCUUGGAAGGUUUAAAAAAGAGGUCGAAAUUCGUCAUCGCAUUGCAGGACUACAAGGCACCGGGUGAAGGGUCUAGCUUCUUGACUUUCCAAAAAGGGGAUCUUAUUGUAUUAGAAGAAGACAGUACAGGGGAAUCUGUACUGAACAAUGGCUGGUGUAUCGGUCGUUGUGAAAGGUCUAUGGAGAGAGGAGAUUUUCCAGCCGAAACAGUUUAUGUAUUACCAGCGUUAACAAAGCCACCUGCUGAUAUUUUAUCACUUUUUUGUCAAGAAGGUGCCCAGCACGGUCGAAAAGCCCCUACUAGUACGUUCAAUGGCACAGACCCUAGAGACAAACCACACACACUUUUAGAGUACGCAUUAGAUCACUUCAGACUACCCCCUAAAAGAACAGCUUCCAAGACCUUGACACUUUCCUCGGCUAAAAGAGGUGGUGCUGAAGAAUUGUGGCGCCAUUUUAGAGAGCCUAUAAAACAACCUUUGCUUAAGAAGUUGCAAGCCAAAGAAGAGUUAGCUGAGGAGGCGUGUUUCGCCUUCACUUCCAUAUUGAAAUACAUGGGAGAUUUACCUUCAAAACGUCCUAGGAUUGGCAAUGAAUACACAGACCAUAUCUUUGAUGGGCCGCUGAAGCAUGAAAUUCUGCGAGAUGAGAUAUACUGCCAAGUAAUGAAGCAACUGACUGAUAAUAGAAAUAGAAUGUCGGAAGAGAGAGGAUGGGAGUUAAUGUGGCUUGCGACAGGCUUAUUCGCAUGCAGUCAAGGCCUUCUCAGAGAGUUAACAUUAUUCCUUAGGACUAGAAGAUAUCCAAUUGCUCAAGAUUCACUCCAAAGACUUCAAAAGACCUUGAGAAACGGCCAGAGAAAGUACCCGCCUCAUCAAGUCGAAGUAGAAGCCAUACAGCAUAAGACCACUCAAAUAUUCCACAAAGUAUACUUCCCCGACGACACAGAUGAGGCAUUCGAAGUAGAUUCGUCUACGAGAGCGAAAGACUUCUGUCAAAAUAUAGCGCAAAGAUUGAAUCUCAGGUCUAGUGAAGGUUUUAGUUUAUUCGUUAAGAUAGCUGAUAAGGUUAUAUCCGUUCCUGAAGGCGACUUUUUCUUCGAUUUUGUAAGACAUUUGACUGACUGGAUCAAGAAGGCGAGACCGACGCGAGACGGCAUCACACCUCAAUUUACAUAUCAGGUGUUCUUCAUGAAGAAGCUAUGGACAAACACGGUCCCGGGCAAGGACCGAGCCGCAGACGUGAUCUUCCACUUCCACCAGGAGCUGCCGAAGCUGCUUCGCGGGUAUCACCGUUGUGGGCGGGAGGAGGCUGCUCGCUUGGCUUCUUUGGCUUACCGAGCCCGAUUCGGUGAUAACAAGCAAGAGUUACAAGCGAUACCUCAAAUGCUCCGUGAACUAGUCCCAGCCGACCUCAUAAAAUUGCAAAGUUCCGCCGAUUGGAAACGUGCUAUUGUGGCGUCAUACAAUCAGGAUGCUGGAAUGACCCCUGAAGAUGCGAAGAUUACCUUCCUGAAGGUUAUUUACCGGUGGCCAACAUUUGGAUCUGCAUUUUUCGAAGUGAAGCAGACGACGGAGCCAAAUUACCCUGAAUUAUUGCUGAUCGCCAUUAACAAACAUGGCGUGAGUUUGAUUCAUCCACAGACCAAGGAAAUUCUAAUCACACAUCCAUUCACAAGGAUAUCGAACUGGUCGUCCGGCAACACGUACUUCCACAUGACGAUUGGAAACCUCGUUCGAGGAUCAAAACUCCUCUGCGAAACUUCAUUGGGCUAUAAAAUGGACGAUUUGCUCACGUCCUAUAUAUCUUUAAUGCUCACCAAUAUGAACAAGCAAAGAUCGAUGCGUGUUAAAUAG